UUUGACAUGACUUGUUAGUCAGACUCAGGAAUCAUUCCUAGCCGCUACACAGCAGGACAAUCUCUAAAAUGGAAUAUUACCUUUGCGCGUUAACUUUUCUUCAUGUGGCACUACGGGGAAACGUCCUCGCUUUGAAACCGAAAGAUGUGUGCUUUCUGGAGGUAGAUGAAGGACCGUGCAGGGGGGACAAGGAGCGUUUCUUUUACAACAGACUCACUCAAGAAUGCGAGGCGUUCAGCUACGGUGGCUGUCUGGGGAACGCCAACAACUUCAACAGCCUCAUAGAGUGCCGUAAAACAUGUUCCACGUACAAGAUUCCAGCGGUGCCUCGGAUCUGCAGGUUUGAAAAGGAUGAGGGCCCGUGCCGUGCCCUACUUAAGCGCUACUUCUACAACAUGACCUCCAUGCAGUGUGAGAUCUUCUACUAUGGCGGCUGUGAGGGCAACGAGAACAAAUUCUCGAGUCUACAGUCUUGCCUGGAAUACUGCAAACCUCAGAAAAAUAUCCCCUUGAUGUGUCGUGAUCCCAUGGACAAAGGCCGGUGUUCUGCCUCUAUACCACGAUUCUACUUCAACUCGGCCACUAAGAUGUGCGAGCAGUUUGAGUACACCGGCUGUGGAGGCAGUAGUAACAACUUUGUUACGAGGCAAGCAUGCACUGAUGUGUGCGGCAAAGCUGUGAAGCCACCAUCUGGGAAAAUUAGAAUGAAGUCUAGAGUGGUGAGGACCAGAUAUCCUGCAGCGCCGGGGGCCAGGAGAUUGAGGCGGCCUAAACCCAUCGACAGGAUUUCUGCGUAACCAAGAGAUGUUGUUGUCUUUUUUUAUCUGUUACCUACAAUGUGAAUGUACAAUAUGUUUUGGUUGCACUUUAGAAUAGGAGAGCCACUAAUAAAUGCCUAACCGUCUGUUUAAGUGACUAGGCCUGUAUAUAAUUGUCCAUAUAAAACAAUGUGAUGGGUGUGUAGCCUAUUUGCAACUUUCUGGCUUAACUUGCCACUAAGGCCUUCAUUACCGAUACAAUCAUAAUAUGGAGGAAGAAGGCACUUGGUUUCGCUCAACAUACAGUACGUUUUAUAAGUCACUUAUACAGUCAGUCAUUAAGCAUGUUAGCCAUGAGAACCCUAUUAUAAAGUGUGACUUAUAUUUUUGUAGAACAUCUUGAAGGAUGCAAAAUACCACUGCACACUGCCAGAGCACAUUUUUUUGUAUUUUUGUAUUGUUGUACUCAUGUUGUGAAACCAACAUGUUAAAAAGUAAUUUGAAUGUAAUAAUAUGUUAAUAUGUAUUAUAUUUGACAGGAACCAAAUGGUAGUGGUUUGCUUUAAAUAAAAAUAAAAAAUCUUUU